GGAGCGGUUGUGUCUGACUUGGGAGUGGCUGGGAGGAGAUGUUUGCACAGCAGGUGUGCCCCAGAGUCUGGGCAGCAGUGGAGGCUGCUGCCUGGGUAGGCUUCUCUUCCCAUGGGCAGAAGUUCCUCCAUGCAGGCUUUUUUCUAAUCCUACUGCAGGUUCUCUUUGGGAGUGGAGAAGGAACUGGCAAGGCUGCAUUUGCCAUAGCUGUGGUGUCAGGACUUCUCUUACCUCUUCAGCAGAGGCACAGAAGAGUCUGCUGCUUGCAGACCUGCAGUCCUAUGUGCUCCACCCCUUUCCAGAUCCUCCAUAAACCACAGUGAACAAGGAAUGGUUUUCCACAACAGAUGGCCCAGUUCAUCUCUGGCCCCAGCAACUCUGAAAGGAAAAACCACCUGCAGGCAUGCUUGGGGUGAACCAGCAUCCUGCUGCAGCCAGCUUACUGCUCCUUUCUGACUAACAUUUCACUGCUACCUGCCUGAAUGUCCCUUUGGAAUGGUGGGAUGCAGAGCUCUGCUUUAGUUAGCAGCUCCUUACCCUGUCCUACAAGUUCCUCAAUGCCUGCAGCUGUAUCCCACUGCCUGGGCCAUCCUGAGGGGCACUGACUCCUCCGUGUUCAUGGCUUUCCCCUUGCCCUGGAAGGAGCUUGCUCAGGGCUGUCCCAGCACCACCUUGAGCAGAAGCUCAGCAGAGUUGUGGGGAAGUGCUGCUCUCCUGUUUCUUAUCCCUACCUCUUCUUGCUGGGUGUCUGCCAUUAGCCACCCAUCAUCCUCUCUUUUAAACAAUCCUAUGCUGACAGCAUCUGUCAGGAGCUCCAGAAAGAGCUUCAGAGCUCUGCUCUGCCACACAGUUCUGCCAAACCUCAUUUUGCUUCCCUCCUUCAGGGGAGAACAGGACUCAGAGCAUUUCCCACCCUCUGACAGGGUUGAAAGCCGCUGGGGAAGUGCUUAGAAAUGCAAGGGGUGUGUGUUGGUGUCUGCUGUUGCCAUGGAGCUGAGCUCUGUUGACAGACUCAGGCUGCUGGUGGCCAGGGUGCCACGGGCUGUGGCAGGUGAUGGUGGUGGUGACCGUGGUGGGGCUUCUCCAGGAUCCAGCUUUCCACGCAGCCAAGUGCACAGCAGAGGCUCUGAAGCUGAAGUUUCCACGCAAGUUUGCAGACCCUGUGCUCCAGCCUUUGGUAGAAGUUGCAUGGCAUGAAUACCUGCAGAAGAAAAAGAGGGAACUGAGAGGGGAGGUGUGGGCAUACAGCUCCUCAGUGAUGUGCUUCAUCGAUGGCCAGCUGCUGGGGGAUGAGAAGGAGCUGCUCUCAUGGUCCUCCCGUGAGUGGAACUAUCAGGACACCAAGCCCAGCACACUUCACCAAGCAGCUGCUAAGGAAUUCUACACCAACUACCUGAAAAGGAGCCAGGCAAGUAGCAUGGUUUUAAACCUGGAGUACAAGCAUGUGUUUGUGUACCUGGAGAUUGCCAUCGAGGAACAGCCCAUUGGGAGGCUGCUGUUUGAGCUCUUUUCCGAUGUGUGUCCCAGGACCUGUGCGAAUUUCCGCGCCCUGUGCGCUGGAGGAGCGAAGUCUCUGCGGGACGGCCGGGAGCUCACCUACAAAGACUCCGCUUUCCAUCGCCUGCUGAAGGGCUGGUGGAUCCAAGGAGGAGACAUCGUAACUGGAAAGGGAGGUGGAGGAGAGUCGAUUUACGGCCCCACCUUUGAAGAUGAAAGCUUUGCCAUCAGUCACAAGGGCAGAGGUGUCCUGGGGAUGGCCAACCAGGGCCGCCACAGCAACAGCUCACAGUUCUACAUCACCUUCCAGCCAGCUCCCUACCUGGACAGAAGAUACGUGGCCUUUGGGCAACUGAUCGAGGGCACAGAGGUGCUCCAGAGACUGGAAGAUGUACCUACAUGUAAUGAAAGGCCCACAGUAGCCUGCAGGAUUGUUCAGUGUGGGACCUUUGAGCCAUGAUCACCAGCCUGCUGGAAG